AAAAUGUGGGCUUCGAAUCGCAAAAGCGAAACGGGGAGCGAAAAGCAGAAACGGAAAAGGAGCAGCCAUUUUAAAAACUUGCCCUCCCUCUCCACAGCUGUCUCCAUUCGCCUCGCUCCCCGCCGGCGAGCCUUCGCCCCCGAAAACCCUAGCCGCCGCCCUGCCUCCCUCCUCCUCUCCGUCGCCUCCUGGAACUUCCUCGCGCUUAGCGGGAGCCGCGUCGUCCCGUCCCCGAUCCGAGCUCUCUCCUCCCUAGGGUUUUGGGGCCAUGGAGCAAGAGCCGAAAAUCGCUGGGCAUUCCUACGCCCUCGAGGUGGGCUCCUACUUCCUGACGGGCUACUACAACGUCCUGGCGAACCAGCCGCACCUGGCGCGCCAGUUCUACACGGACAAGAGCAGCGUGGUGAGGCUGGAUUGCGAGACGGGCCAGUUAUCGUUUGGUCAGACGGUUGAGGUUAUCAAUGAUAUGAUGAUGUCCAUGAAUAUACACAAGGUUGAGGUUAAAACGGCCAAUUGCUUAGAGUCAUGGGGUGCAGCCAUUAUGCUGUUGGUUACUGGCCUAGUGCAAUUGAAAGGCUACCCUGCUCGCAAGAGAUUUGCUCAGAAUAUUGUUCUUGCUCCAAAGAAAGAUGGAUAUUUUGUAUUUAGUGACAUCUUUAAGCUCAUUUGCGAUGAGUAUGAUGAUCAGUACCAUGUUGCUGAUUACAGUUGUGCUGAUAACAUACCCCAGGUGGAUGCUCCUUAUACCAUGGCUGAAACAGCAUCUGAUUACUUGGCUGGAAAACUUGAGGCGACGGAGGUUUUAGCCCCUGCUGAAAAUAAUGAGGUGCAACAGCAAGAUCCUUUGGAGUUUAGAGCUGGGAUUUAUGAUGACACUCCUUUGGAAGAGCAUAUUCCUCCAUUCCCAAGUUCAAAAGAUGUUAAACAGGAUUCACCUCUUGCUCCUCCCCUCCCUCCUUCCCCACCUACCCUUGAAGAAGAGCCUGUGGAAGAAGCACCUAAGACAUAUGCUUCAGUGUUGCGAAAAAAAGGACACACUGGUCAUCAGGCUAUUCACUCCGCUCCUCUCAACAAGGCCACGAUGGGGACUGCAGAGUCACAACAGGCUGUGGAUCAGCAGGUGCAAUCUGUUCCAGUGCAUGAAAAAUCCAACAUGGACACCCAUCGGGUUGUUAGCGUCCCUGUGGAUGAAGAGUUUUUGUCAGUUUACGUUGGGAAUCUACCGCCGUCUACUUCAGUCUUUGAUCUUGAGAAGGUCUUUCAGGCUUUUGGAAGAAUUAAACCUGACGGAGUUGCUAUUCGGAGUCGCAAGGAGGCUGGAGUUUUCUUCGGUUUUGUUGAGUUUGAAGACAUGUCUGGUAUCCAGAAUGCUUUAAAUGCAUCUCCAAUAGAGUUGAAUGGCCGUUUAGUACAUGUUGAGGAGAGGAGGCCUAACUGUGGAUUCCCUCGUGGCGGAAGGCGGGGACGAGGAAGAACCACUGAUUUCUCAAGGGACCAAGUUGCUGGGCGAUAUGAUGGGGAUUAUGCUACACGAUCAAAGGGCAAUGGGCACCAGAAAAAGGGUGGACGCCAAUAUGACAGCUACUAGUUUUGCACCUGCUCUGCUGGUGAAUGGCCAUGAACCAUCCGUGUUCUAUACCUGGUGGCCGGUGCAGUUCUGGCAUUUUUGCUUAGGUGAUAUUGUGCGGGAGUCUUUUUUGAAUGGGCUUCUGUUGCCAUUUUGAUGGUAGGUUUUGCUCCUCAGCUACUGCAGUGACCUGUUGAAAAGGAUCAUGUUAUCGUCGGAUUGGUGUCCAUUGAGAACGCAUUAGAAGUUUUGCAAUGUCAGUGAACAGUUUCAGU